AUGUCGAGUGGACAGAAGCUGACCGGGCCUGGUAGUAAAGACAGUUUGGAACCAAAAAGAACUCCUUCACUUUCUACAUCCCAGCCAGCAGAUCUCAAACCUUCCAGCCUGCUUCUCACUGAAGAAAAUGUUAAGAAACUGCAAGAGAAGGAUUCUGCUUCUAAAUCUGCCCUUGCUAGAGAGUCAAUAGAAGCCUACAUUACGCAGAGCAAUCUCUAUUUGAAUAAGAGUGAAGCUAGUACAAGUCGAAGCAAGGAGCAAAGUCUGUCCGAUGAAAGAGAGCCAAAGGCAGCUUCUGUUGUUAUCCAUGUAGAGGACGUGUGCAAAGAUGUCUCAGAAAACAUUGAACAAUCCUCAAAAGCAGAAAAUGUGGUGUUACAGAUGUGGAAACUCAGACAGAAUGGAGUUACUCGGACUCAGAAGAAAAAACUAGUUUGGUUUGAGAAGCCAUUUGCUUACCCCUCCACCUCUUUUCAGGAUCAUUCUGAAACCGAUCUUUGCCUUCUUGGCUGCUGCGAGUUUUGCACUGCGGCACUGAAAGCUUUACCAACAGCAGAGUACCUGGAUGAGAGCCCAGAGAAAAUGGAAUGUCUUAUUUGUUGCAGGACAUACAAGGAGAUUUUCGAAUGUGUAGUUCAGGAGCUCACAGAAAACACUCCCAGAGAAAGUACUAUCGACAUCACUCCUCACCAACACCAAUCGGAUGGCUCUUGGACAGAGAACAAGACUAGAAGGACACUGAUUAAACAGAUUGAAGAAAAAGGGGGCAUUGAACAGUACAGGGACAUCUUUGAGCAAUAUAUAAAGUUUGGGCCAUGUAAGAAACUCGCAUUCAAAUUAUCAGCUUAUCCACCCAAACCCAAAAAAGUCUGCAAGAAACGUCCAGAGCCCAGGGAAAUACUGACUUUAGAUGUGGAGUUCAAAGCUGAACAGUUAAAGAUUUGCCAUUCUACCAAGCCUGUGAAAAGAUAUUAUUCUGAUGGGAAGAAGAUAUUCUAUCUUUUUUUCCCAGAUGGGACCGGCCAAGUUUAUUACCCAUCUGGUAAUGUUGCUAUCCUCAUUAGCUAUGUACAAGAGUUUCAGUUCACAUACAUCGUUCUCCAGGACGACCAUUCAUGUGAAAUGCAGGCCUGCUUUGCAAACCAGGGCUUUGCAGUAUGCUACCACCACAAUGGGAAGAUCUGGUUGAAUCUAGACCUCUGCCUUGGCUCGUACUUUGACCGGAAGGGAGUCAGGAAGAAACACUGGAAUUGGUGGGACAGGAGCAGCCACAUCCAUGCACCUCCUUUCCAGCCCAUCUACAUUCAAUUGAAUGUUUACAUCCAGGUUAAAGUUGAAGCCCAGGACCAGAUUUUCCUAACGUUCACUGAUAAUCAUGACUGCCUUCAGCUGAAUGUGGGUGCAAAGCUGAAAGUGAGUGCCUGUGGCAUUCUCAUUCACAUGCCUGUGGCAGGGAAUCUUAACCUGUGCUCCCUCUGUUUGUCAGAAAUGUUUGCCAACUUUUGCCGAAGUCCAAACGUUGGCUUGUGAACUAAAAUCCAAAGAAUUAGCAACGAGCCACUUUUGGAGUUUAGCAAAAGUUGGCUGAAACGUGCCCCUCUUUGUGCAAGUUCAUAAUUGGAGGUAGAACCCACCCACCCCCCUUUUUUAAAAAACAAAAACCCACUACUUUUAUAUAGAUACAAUAAAAACACAGAAAGGGGGUGGGGAGAAAUAGGGAAGAUAAAAUAAAUAAAUAAAAACAGAAAAGAUGUUAAAAGGGAAAAAUAGAAAAAUACGAUUCAGAUUUAUUUUUUUAAAUGCUUCCCUAAGUAAAAGCUUUACAUAAGAAAGAAGUUUCUUACCAUAUGUUCCUCUUCUCAGGAAAAGCAGUAGGUAUUGUAGAUGUUUCACUAUUACCCUCUAACCAGGAAAGGAGGCAAGGAAAGACACUGCUAGCUAAACAACUUCACUGAGUUAUUCCAGAAGGUGGAAUAAGGUGGAUGGAUAUUACGCCUGACCUACCUCAAAGGUAGGUCGGGACGCGGGUGGCGCUGUGGAUUAAACCACAGAGCCUAGGGCUUGCCGAUCAGAAGGUCGGCGAUUCGAAUCCCCGCGACGGGGUGAGCUCCCAUUGCUCAGUCCCAGCUCCUGCCCACCUAGCAGUUCGAAAGCACGUCAAAGUGCAAGUCGAUAAAUGGGUAAACGGCAUUUCCGUGUGCUGCUCUGGUUUGCCAGAAGUGGCUUUGUCAUGCUGGCCACAUGACCUGGAAGCUGUAUGCUGGCUCCCUCGGCCAAUAACGCAAGAUGAGCGCCGCAACCCGAGAGUUGGUCACGACUGGACCCAACGGUCAGGGGUCCCUUUACCUUUACCUCAAAGGUUUGUGGUGGGGAUAACAUGGGGGGGGGGAGAAACCCAUUAAUAAUAAUAAUAAUAAUAAUUUAUUAUUUGUACCCCGCCCAUCUGGCUGAGUCUCCCCAGCCACUCUGGGCAGCUCCCAAUCGAAUAUAAAACAAUACAGCAUUAAAAAUUAAAAACUUCCUUAAACUUUGGGGUCCUUGGAGGAAAGGUGGAAUGGAUACGAAUGUGAUACUGAUAAAUAAGGAACAAUCAAAAUAUAAAGUCUCUCUCCAGCCUGCCUGCCUCUGUUUUUUAACUGCGGGAAGGGAGCCAUGUGUGGACUCAAGAAAAAACGCCCAAGCUAAAUUAGUAAAUUAGACACAAACUGGAUAUUCAGGCCUACAAACACUGAACUUUAUAUGUAAGUCCCUAGUCCUUUCUAGGCAGGGAAAUGCAUGUUGCAAGUAAAAAUGGUGUGGCUUGGCUUAAAUCCUUUCUCCUUGUCAUGAGCCAGGACUGGACUGAAGACAAAGGGAGCUGCUCCUUUGUGCAGCUGUAUAGCAUGCUGCCUUUCCUUACCCAGAAU